AUGGCAACCUCCACAGUGCUCGCAGCGGCGACGUUUGUUUUUGUCAGUAGUUGUGACCUUUGCUACAAAGUUUGUGUGAGAACCGGACGGAAGGCGGCGGGCCUCGAGGAAUAUGGAGCAAGUAAGACGAUCCUGGAGAGAAAGCUUGAUGUGAGCCAUGUCGGCCACACUGUUGCGAAAGGCGGUUAUGUACUCGCCAAUUAUGGCAAAGUCGCUGCGGAUGAGCUUGAGAAAGGUGUUGAUGAUGGCGGCGUCAUGGAGAACGCCCUUAUUGUCAAAUCGGGUCGUCAGCGCAUGCUAGAGCCUAGUUGUUUCCAGAUGGGCCAGUUAUCAUGGCCUUGGAGGUGGUCAUGCUGGGCGAACGCGGGCGAGAGCUGGUGAUGUUGAGUGAGAUACGCGAUCAGAGGCGCGAAAGUUGCAGAUGCUGCGGGUGCGCAAUUGCGACGCGAUGCGAUCAGAAGCGAGGCGAAGCCAGUGGUGCGAGCGAGUGAGGGAAUAAUUUCUGAGCAGUUGAGAGAGAUUAAGCAAGCUGCGCAGUGAGUCGCGCGAGGGUUUAAUGACUA